AUGGAAUCGCUGCCGCCCGAUACAUUUGACACUCCGUCCACGUCCUACCCAGGUCAUGGUCCGAGUGCGGGUGCCGAUCUCGAUAAUAUAACUGGAAAUGCGACGUCAGCAGCACCCUUUGUCAAGGUGGACGACCCACCCAAGUUCGAGUUGGAAUCAUACAUCGCGAACUACACUGGUCGGACAAGAUACAAUCGGCUGUACCUCAUUGGCACUUGCUCCACCUAUCUAUCUGUCGAGGCACUCAAAGCCGCAAUUUCCGAAGCUAAAUCAGGGAAGGACGUAUCCAGAUAUGAGUCCGCAGUCCAAGCUCUCGCUGAAGUUGCACCAAAUGAACCGGAGGCCAAGCGAGAUGGGGAAUGGGUGGAUCGGAUGCAAAAGAUGGUCAAGGCCGAGACAGAUCGGCUAGAGCACGAACUGCGGGGCUACAAGAACAAUCUGAUCAAAGAAAGCAUACGGAUGGGAAAUGAGGAUCUUGGGCAACAUUAUCACCAAAUUGGCGAUCUCGUCAAUGCAUCCAAGGCCUAUUCUCGCAUGAGAGAUUACUGUACGACACCGACCCACAUUGCAUCCAUGCUGUUCAAGAUCAUCAACGUGGCGAUUGAACGGGGUGACUGGCUGAGUGUUCAGUCGAAUGUUCAGAGGCUACGCAACGUCCAAUCGAAACAGGAAGAGCAGGCCAAGAAUCAGCCCAAGAUGUCCGCCGCCCUCGGUCUAUCUCAGCUGCACUCGGGAUAUUACCUGGACGCAGCGAACACCUUUCUGGGCACCGACCCGAGCCUGGGGGACUCAUACAAUGAAGUGAUCACGGCCAACGACGUCGCUGUGUACGGCGGGCUCUGCGCUCUGGCGUCGAUGGAUCGCAACGAGCUCCAGCGUCGCGUGCUCGACAACAACUCGUUCCGCAACUUCCUCGAACUAGAACCGCACAUCCGCCGGGCCAUCUCGUUCUUCUGCAACUCGAAAUUCCAGCCCUGUCUGGAGAUCCUUGAAGCGUACGCCACUGACUAUCUCCUUGAUAUCCAUCUCCAGCGCCACGUCCGCACGCUGUUCACGCGCAUCCGCACCAAGUCUAUUCAGCAGUACCUCGUUCCUUUCAGUCGCGUGACGCUCGACUCCAUGUCGAGGAUCUUCGUCUCGGGUGGUGCCAAUGGCCAGCAGGCGGCUCCUAUCGAUCUCAAGUCGCCAUUUGUUCAGGAACUGAUCGGUCUGAUCGAGGACGGCACGCUGGAUGCGCGUAUUGAUCUGGAGAAAAUGGUUCUCGUGUCCAACCAGACCGACUUGCGGACGGAGGUGCAGCAGGCUGCGCUGCGGAGUGUGUCGGAGUACGUCCGUGAGGCGCAUCUGCGGAUACUCCGGACCAACAUCAUCCAUUCGGGGUUGGAAGUGCGCGAGAAAACUCAGCGGGAGAGAGGGCCGUCGAAGUAUCAUCGCGGAGCGACGGGUAACUUCUAG